AUUAUAUAUUAGUAUUAUUAUAUUGUAUAAUUUUAAGAAUAACAUUCAUUCCAUAAUUCAAAAUUUGCGAAGAAAAAGUGUAGUGCGAGGGAAUUUUUUGAAUAUCGCAAAAAAUAAAUAGCAUUACGAUGUAUUGAUCGAUAUCUCUCCAAUAAUUGCGGAUCCUGAUUGAAUCGAUCAAAUAUGACAGAAUUGUCGAUUAUAACAUGAGGUUUUGAAGCGGAGCGAAAUAGCCGCGAAACCAGCGUCACAUGUCACGUGUUAUUGAAAAAUUAAAUUGCGUUCGGAAAUCUAUUCACCGAGGCACAGUCGCAUUCUGAUUGGCCGAUCAGAGAAGCCUCCCGAUUGGUUACUCACCUCGAUGAUAAUUUUCCGAGCGCAAUUCUCGGAUAUUUUUGUAUUUCUGUAUUGGCAGCCCUGUUGGCGGCUAAGACGCCAUAUUUCUUUCUGUUAGAAGUCGGAGGCUCGUUCUCUCGUAGCUUUUUUCUUUUCGUAAAAAUUUCAAAUAUCGAGUGUCGCAGGAUCCGUAAUUAAAUUACAAUCGAUUCACCGAAAUGUCGGAGGAGGAGCUCCCUCAAAAGAUACUGGAGCGGAUCACAAAAGCGCAGAUGGAGUUGAAACUCAGACUCGAGCAGGUGUCGAAGCUCAGGAUUGAUUGCGCCAGGAUGCAACUGGAAUUGUUGAAGCUCUACAAGCCGCAGUGUUUGGAGAUACUGAAACCAUUGGAGAUCGUAUCCAAAGGCAUUCCUCGGAAUAAUGAUGAUGAUGCUGACGACGCUGACGAAUAAUUGAAGGGUAGCGAAGUCCUUCGCGCGAAUGAAGACGUAUCGAGAGGGAUGUAACGAAACUGCGUGAGCCAAAACAAGAUUGUAAUCGUCACUCGUGGAAAAAUUCUUCAUACACUGUAUGUACAGAUUUGAAUUAUUUGUAAAUUAUAAUACUUGAGACCUCAAAUAAGGGAAAACAAGAAAAUAUACACUACAAAGAAAGUACGAAGAAAAGAAACUAUUGGAAAAAAAUUCUUUCGAACAUAUGGGAUAAUUUUAAGCGAUUAAACAAAUUGAAUUAUUUAAUUUAUAAUGAAGUAAACAUGAAAGGGCGACAUACAUUAUGAUAAAUUAAGUAAUUAAACUCUGUAUCGAAGCAAUUAAAUGCAUAAGCUGUGUUGUCGCGCAAUACAAAUAUAUGUCUUUCGGGAUCGAUAAACGUACAUAAAAUUCUUACUGAACUGAUAUUCAGCAGCUGUGUAUAAAUUGCAAUAUACGUAGAUAUUUCGCACAGAUUGAUUUGCAAAUAUUUGAGCCGACAUUUAACCUUUCGCUUUGGAGAGCGCUUGAAAUGUCAUUAAUAAAAUUGCCAUUGUGCGCUUCAGUAAAGAUAUAGAUUAACUUAUUUUAAUCUGCGAUU